UUGUAGCCAAAGAAGAAGUUCACUAGUUUACUAGCUGAAUGACAGAGGCGGCGUGAAGUUUGCGGAUUUUACAUUUUGGGAGCGGCUCACUUUACUUCAGCGCGGAGUCGCAGCGUUUCUGACUGCUCACUGCUGUCCUUCGCUUUGGAAAAAUGAGGGACCGGACCAAAGAAUUAGGAAACGCCGCCGAGGUUUCGGAUGACGAUGAGGAGGGCAAAGCGCUGAUGAGCAGAUCAGGAGCCUCUGGAGCCAAAGAAGAGAAGGAAAAUGAAACCUUCUUCAAAAAGGCCCAAGAAAUUCACGAGGGGCUGCAGAACCUCAAAAGGAUGGUGUCGGAGCUCGAGAACAAGCAGAAAACUGUGCUGGGCGAGGCGUUACCGAAGGAAAGUAUGAAGAAAGAGCUCCAAACUCUUCGAGAUGAGAUCAAAACGCUGGCGAGUCAGGUCCAAAGAAAGCUGAAGAGUAUCGAGCUUAAAAAGGGAGAGGAGGAUGGAAAAUAUAUACCCAUAAAUAUUCGGAUGCAGCGCACGCAGCAUGCUGUCUUGUCCAAGGAGUUCGUGGAGCUGAUGGGCCACUGUAACACCAUCCAGGCCCAGUACAGGGACCGUAACGUGGAGCGAAUACAGAGGCAGCUGAAAAUCACUGGCAGCAACGUGACAGAUGAAGAGCUGGAUGCGAUGCUCGAGAGUGGGCAAACGGAUGUUUUCACCCAAAAUAUCCUGAGUGAUACUAAAGCUACGAGGCAGGCUCUAAAUGAGAUCGAGUCCCGACGCGAUGAGAUCCUGAAGCUGGAGAGCAGUAUCAGGGAACUGCACGACAUGUUCCAGUACCUCGCCAUGGAAGUGGAGGCUCAGGGGGAGCUGGUGGACAGGAUCGAAAACAACAUCGUGCAGUCUUCAGAAUACGUCGAGAAAGCAAAGGGUGAACUAGAGACAGCGGUGACGUAUCAGCAGAAAUCACGCAAGAAAAAAGUAUGGAUUGCGAUCUGUUUGGCCAUCCUCAUCCUCAUCCUCGUCAUCGCUCUGGCCACCGCCUUCACCUAGUAACACCCAGCACGUCAUGGACAUCCUUACAUCCAUGUAUAUACAUGAGCCCACAGGAUGCAUAGCUGAACUGAGAUUUCAGUGUUUUGUUUUUGUCUAACCCUCCUGUCCACGUAACGGGCCUCUUCCACGUUUGUUUCGUGUAGCAGAGAUGAGUGCGCGCUCUUGCAAUCUCAUAAACGACCACAAUCUUGGGUACACUCGAGGGCAGCGCUGCAGGGUUUAUGUCAGUUUGUUCUGCGUAACCACCAGCAGGUCUCACUGUGGACUGUUACAUUGAUUGAUCUCCCCUCCUAACUUUAAAAAAGAAAAA